AUGGACAAACACGGGUACCCGGGCCCUUCACUGACCUCCUCCCGCCCCUCCGCAGGCGUGAAGACCCCCUUGUGGAAGAAGGAGCUGGAGGAGCCCGGGGCCAAGGAGGCGGAGGCGGAGGCCUCGGAGGAGGGGUCGGAGGAGGAGGACGAGGAGAGGCCGCCGGAGGAGCGCGCUGCCGAGGGCGAGGCGGAGGGCGGGGAGGCGGAGGGCGGCGAGGGCCGCGAGCGGGGCUCGGUGUCGUACAGCCCGCUGCGCCAGGAGUCCAGCACCCAGCAGGUGGCGCUGCUGCGGCGCGCGGACAGCGGCUUCUGGGGCUGGUUCAGCCCCUUCGCGCUGCUCGGCGGCCUGGCCGCUCCGGCCGACAGGUGAGGGCGCGCCGCUUGGCGGGGGCGGGGUGCACGCGCGCCGGGGCCCCGCGCGGCAGAGGGCGGCGCCCUGGCCUGAGCGCGCCGGCCCCCGCCCACCGCCCGCAGGAAGCGGAGCCCCCCGGAGGAGCCGUGCGUGCUGGAGACGCGGCGGCGGCCGCCGCGUGGCGGGGGCUGCGCGCGCUGCGAGGUCCUUUUCUGUAAGAGGUGCAGAAACCUGCACAGUUCGCCGAGCUACGUGGCGCACUGCGUCCUGGAGCACCCGGAUCUGCGGGAGGCGCCGGCUUCUGGAGGCGCGGGGGCCGCUGUGGGCCCCUGAGCCCCCACCCCCAGCCCCUGUGGCCCGUCCAUCCUCGCCUGACC